GUCCAAGCAAUGAGUUCAAUUGUUUCCGAUGGCUCACCUUCCCAUGUUCUUCUUUUCCCAUUCAUGUCAAAAGGCCAUACCAUACCCCUUCUCCACUUGGCAACAACCCUCCUCCGUCGUUCCAUAUCGGUCACCGUCGUCACCACCCCAGCCAACCGCCCCUUCAUCGCCGGUUUCCUGACCGGCACCGCCGCGUCCGUGGCCACCCUUCCGUUCCCCGCGGCCGCAAACAUCCCGAGCGGCGUCGAGAGCACGGACAAGCUUCCCUCCAUGUCCCUGCCCCUCUUCUACGAGUUCGCCACCGCCACGUCAUCCAUGCAGCCUCACUUCGAGCAUCUCCUCGAGACCCUUCCACGUGUCAGCUUCAUGCUCACCGACUUCUUCCUCUGGUGGACCGUACACUCCGCCAAGAGGUUCGGAAUCCCCAGGUUCGCCGUCUCCGGCAUGAGCUGUUACAGUUCCAGCGUUUCCAUUGAAGCAAUACGCUCGGGGAUUCUCACUGGGUCCCAACCCGAUGACGAGUUAGUCGCGCUCACUCGGUUCCCGUGGAUCAGACUCAGUAAGGAAGACUUCGACCCCGAGUUUAGAAACUUCGAUCCCAGUACCCUUGGAAGCGUGUUCCACAGGGAAGUGUUAUCAGCAGUAUCUGGUAGUCAUUGUGUUUUGGUGAAUAGCUUCUACGAGCUUGAACCCACCUUUGUUGAUUAUGUCAACGCAGCGUCUUCUCCUAAAAGCUUCUGCAUUGGCCCUUUAUGUUUGACCGAAUGGGCGCCCAAGGUUUAUUCCGAAGCGCGUGCGAAACCGAGGUGGGUGACGUGGCUGGACCAGAAGCUUGAAGAGAAGUGCAGUGUUUUGUACGUGGCGUUCGGGUCGCAAGCGGAGGUUUCACGUGAGCAAGUGGGGGAGAUGGGAAGGGGGUUGGAGGAAUCGAAGGUGAGUUUCUUGUGGGUUAUGAGAAAGGAGGAGUGGGGUGUGGGUGGUGGGUUUGAAGAGAGAGUGAAAGGGAGAGGAAUGGUGGUGAGAGAGUGGGUGGAUCAGAGGGAGAUACUGAUGCAUGAGAGUGUGGGAGGGUUUGUGAGCCACUGUGGGUGGAACUCGGUGUUGGAGAGCGUAUGCGCUGGGGUCCCCAUUGUGGCGUGGCCAGUGAUGGCGGAGCAGUAUCUGAAUGCGAGAAUGGUGGAGGAGGAGAUGAAGGUGGGGUUGAGGGUGGAAAGGUGUGAUGGGUCGGUGAGAGGGUUUGUCAAAUGGGAAGGGUUGCAGAAGGCAGUGAAGGAGGUGAUGGAAGGAGACAAGGGGAAAAAAGCAAGAGAAAAAGUGAGGGAACUGGCUGAGAUGGCCAAAAUGGCUACGCAACAAGGUGGCUCAUCGUGGUCCACACUCGACUCCAUUCUCAGCCAAACAUGUGGCCAGAAUUAAGAACGUACGAAACUUCUUGAAAGGCUCAUCCAAUAAUUCUUGCCAACCAUUAAUUAGCCAUCAGAAUAGGUGAAAUCUUAAGCAGUAGUGUAUCACUCGCUCCGUUUAAAAAGUUUAUUUAUUUGUAUAA